UCGUUAUCAGUUUAUCACUGUUCAUGAUUCAUUCAUCCUUCUUAUCAUGUAAAAGUGUGAAAGCAACAAUGAACUCCUCAACUUCCGAGGAACUUCCUUACGACUAUUGUUUCAUGUGGAUUGAUUAAUUUUAACAUCAAAUGUUCUACCUUGAAGUGACCAAUUUUUUAUUUUAAAAUUGUUAUCCUAAUCCUACACAUAUUCUCUCCAUUCUUUUUUCAUGAUCAGGCAGGGUGAAGUUUUGUUCUUUGUCCAGCCUCUCUUUGUUGUGAAGUUCAGAUGAAUGUUAUUUCUGGCUCUUUAAGCAAUUAAAGUGAAGCAUGUCUUGGUUUCGAAAUAUUUCAAAUUUCUUGUCGGUUGAGACCGAUAAGAAUAAAGUCAUUGAAGUGAAAUCUGAUAAGUACGUUCAGUGGUUGGUAGUUGAACGCGGUUCAAAAGGAAUGAUGUGGUAUAGCAAAGGCAGUAAAAAUGGAAGUACAGACCAUGAACUUGUACUUCAUUUGCCCUCAGCGCAACAUUCCUACAGCCUUUUCCGUAGCCAAGACUCGGAGGAAGCUGCUCAAAGGUUUUCCAUCCUUAAUGAAGUAUUACCGGCACUGGUAGAAGUAGCAAGUGAAGUAUGCAAUCUAAAUGGAAUUCAACGUAUUUGUGAUACACUUGUAGAGAAUCCUUAUUGGACCUUAGCACAUUUAGCCGUAUACCUAGACCUUUUUGAUAUCAUAGGGACCCCGGCUGUAGCUGAUUGCAUAAAUGCUGUAGAUCCUGUAACUGGAUUAACACCCUUACUCUUGGCGUUGAAGAGCACUCAAACAAGUGAUAAACUAAAAAUAAUAAAAUUGUUGCUGAUUCUUGGAGCUGAUUCCUCAUAUGUAGAUAAAGAUGAAAAUUCUACUCUCCAUUUUGCAGCAGAUACAUCGAAAGAAAUCAUCAUGGCACUCACAGAAAAAUCAACAACACACUUAAAUUUAAAAAAUAAGAAAGGAUUUACACCCCUUCACAUUGCCUGUUACGAAGGAAAGCCUGAAUGUGUAAAAGCUUUAUGCGCAGCCGGUGCCAACGUUAACAUCGAGGCCUCCAUUACGGCUGGUCAGUCAUCAUCUCCUCCUGCGAGUUCUAUUGGCAAUUUUCUAGAUCAGCAAGCAAAGUUAUCCAAAGAAGAUGUAAAAAUGGGCGGCACACCCCUUCACUGGUGUUUAUCCCGAGAAGUAAUAGAAGUCUUAGUGACCAUGAACUGUGAUAUUAAUGCUCGUAAUUUUAAUGGUGCUCCUGCUCUUCAUGUGAUGAUAUUGCGCGAGAGAUUCGAAUGUGUUUUAGCUCUCUUAUCUUUGAAUGCUGAUCUCGAAAUAAAAGACAAUAGUGGUCAAACAGCCCUGAUACUAGCUGUUCAACAAAAAUCAAUUCCAAUCAUACAGGCUCUCAUAGUAUUUUAUGUCAACCUUGAUUCUGUGAAUAACAGUGGCAACACAGCUCGACACAUUAUAGCCUCUGAAUGCGAGAAAAAUUCAAGUGGAGAUGUGCAAUCAACUGCUGCCAAAAUCCUUUACCUACUCCAUGCAGUAGGAGCAAAGCGGUGUCUUGUUGCUACUCCUGAAUGUACCUCUGGAUGUUUGCCCGGCGGUGAUUUUGAUGGCAUUCCUCCUCCUCCUCCAAAAAUGCUGCCCGUCCGUCAUGUCCAAGCCUUAUUGGAGAAGGUUGUUGAAAGUGCAAAUGAAAGUGCGAUGAACAAAAAGGGCCAUCGAGUGUUGUGUUUGGACGGAGGAGGUAUACGUGGGCUGGUGCUGAUUGGAGUUCUUCUUCAUUUAGAAAUGGAAUUAGGUUUGGGAUCAGUAAUAAAUUAUUUUGAUUGGAUUGCUGGCACAAGUACUGGUGGAAUCCUUGGUUUGGCAUUAGCUGCAGGUAAAAGCCUGAGGGAAUGCUUGUGCUUGUACCUAAGAAUGAAAGAUAUUUGUUUUCGUGGAACACGGCCAUACGAUUGCACUCCAUUAGAAAAUUUGCUGAAAAGUACUUUUGGAGAAACCUCUGUUAUGGCAGAUCUUCUUCCUUUCAAGAUCAUGAUCACUGGAGUCAUCGCCUCUGAGAAGCCAUUGGAUCUUCAUUUGUUCCGUAGCUACACAAGCCCAAGUGAUCUCAUUAGCCCUCCAAGCCCCUCUUCGCGAAGAAGUCCGACCGUCUUCAAACCGCCAAGUGAGCAGUUGAUCUGGGAGACAGCUAGAAGCACAGGCGCAGCACCCACCUACUUCAAGCAGCAUGAAUGUUUUGUGGAUGGAGGUCUCAUUUCGAAUAAUCCAACGUUAGAUGCCCUUUGUGAAAUAAACGAAUACAACGCAGCUUUGGAGUUUCUGGACAGGCGCCAAGAAAUUCUUCCACCAAAAGUAGUUGUAUCCAUAGGAACUGGUCGGCCGCCAGUCAUAGAUCUGCUGCCUAUUGAAAUGAAACCAAUCGGUCUAAACCCUCUCAACCAAUAUCGAAACUACACAACCCUCCAAACCCUUGUAGAAAUUCUUACAGACCAAUCAACACAAGCAGAGGGUCAAGUAGUUGACAGAGCCCGCAACUGGUGUGCUAUGUUGGGCAUCCGCUAUUACCGUUUCAAUCCGCAGUUGUCAGAGGAUGUGCCCUUGAGUGAAACUAGAGGAGAAACGCUGAUUAAUAUGCUUUGGGAAACAAGAGCAUAUAUGGUCGAAAAUCGGGAGAAAAUUUAUAAUCUGCUACACUCUCUGACACCCAGCGAACAACAAGUCUGAUCCAAAGAGUUUGCGUUGAGUCGGUUGUGCAGCAUUCAGUGAAUUAGGUUCUGUUGAAGUUAAUAUUUAAAUGUGUCUCUGUAGGUAAACUCUUUCCUUGGGGUAUCAAUUAAGAUUAAAGGUCUAGGUGUAUAAAGGUUUUCCUGUCAUUGGGAGACUCCCCCGUAAAUUUUUCUUAGGCAUAGAAUGCUCCAAAUAUAAUUAUAUCCGCACGUUGUGCAACUUCAGCCAGGGGAGGAAGGAUGGGGGGGGGGUUGUUAUUCCAAAACCCUCUGUGGCAACCUAUUAUCGACCAUCCAUCGCACCUUACUUUACCAGAUCAGUUGUUUUGUGAAAAUAUCAUAUACUACAUUCUUUUUGGCACCCGUUAGUUUUCGCUCUCUUGCAUUUGGACUGUGAUCCCUCUUCGGAACUUUGACUGAUUUUAGCCAGAAAUCAUUCUCAGUUGUCGGGUCCUUCAAAUUCUUCCACAAGCUAACAUGCUCUUGAUGAGGAGGUCAUAAAGUCCUCUUUUGUUAUGUUGGUUUUAUCUUAUCUCUUUUGCUCUGGGAAUCUCGUGCAUAAGUAUUUUUUGGUUUAUUUUCUCAAGGAAAAAUAUAAUAUGUAUACAAAUGUUUUAAGUCAGCAAUUGAGAUGUAUCAUUAUGAAUUAUUUGUUCCAACCGCGCCUCCUCUCUUUAGAGAUUGAAGUACAUAUAUAAUUUUCAGAGGAGUGCUUGAACGAGACAAAUAGGUACAAACAAUCAAUUGUCCUCUUUCUCUAAUAUUUCCAUCUCUUCAUAAUCUGCCAUCAAUCCUUGUGAAAAAUUGCUGUCUGUCCACCCUGCAAAUUCCUCAUAGCAUAUAGGCUGGUGGCGAGUGUCAAAUUAGCGUAGGGCCAUAAAGUGACUCCACCGCUCCGCCCCAGUGCAUACGCUAUAUCUUGGCCCUGCAGAUUGUAAUACUCUCAGUACUAAUUGUCUGCCCAGUGCCAUCUUCAUGGCGGAAACUGCGUCUAUUGCGCACAGUGGAAAUGAAACUGUCAAGGCCGUUCAGUAAAAUUUUUAGUAAUUGUCCAGUUUUAAUAAUGGAGUAGACUUCCCAACAGCCGAGUAAGAAGUUUGAAUUCGUACUCAAAUGUCCAGAACUAGACAUUACGCGACCGGAUACCACUACCCUAUGGUUGGUGCCUGCUCACUAUUGAGGAAAUGCGCUCCUUUCUUGCAAAGUACCUCCAAGUGUAUAAUUCCAUUCUUUUGAUAUUUAAUUUUCUCUAGUUUUUUAGUAAACUCUGGAGUGGAACAGUGAGAGAUGAUUAGCAGUUUAUCCUUUAGUUUUUUUUUGCACUGAAAGGAGAAUGCCUUUAGCUAAAUAAUCCAAAAUUUGGUCAAUUUUUUGGCUUAGUAGUGAUUAAAAAGACAAAACAUGGAAUUAAUUGGGCUCUAUGAUUUAAACAGCAUUUCAUGAGGAUUCUUGUUUACGUAACACAAGAGCUGUUCGUCAAUAUUAUGAACUUUAGGAUGCAAAACGAAGAAACUUAUAAAUUCUGUGUUCCAGAAAACUCCAUAAAUUCUCAUUAAAUACAUCACAAACUUACCAAACGAAACAUCACGUACAAUUACAGAUUGAUGUUCUGGCUUUUUUACAGAACUUAAAAAAUAUAAUUUGAAACAUAUCAAGUGAUUUCACUGAAUAUUAAUUAUUCCAGUAAUUGCGAACUGAAUGACCUCAAAAUUUGAUGCUAAAGGGUCAUUCAACAAGUGAGUUUCCUCAUUUUAUAACUCGUGAAGUAACAAAGAUUUCAAUUCGGUGAAAAAUUAAGUAUUAGGUAAACUCUUAGCUUAAAACAAGCCCAAGUUUUUGAAACUUGGUUGAGAGAAUCAUGAGAUAACUCAAUUUUACUGACAGUGAGAUGACGUACUACAUCCCAUCCUCCCUCCAGUAGAUCACACUGAAGUCUCCCAACUUUUUCCCCAAAAGCGUAAAGUAUUGGAAGCAAAAAAAGUUUCAUUUGUUUUGAUCCAUAUAUUCUCAACCUUGACUUGUUGUAUUGGUUUGACAUUUUUCAUCAACCGAGCUGCAUUAGCAGCGCGUGUUUACCUCUCGGCACUCCUCAGAUCGAAUAUUUCCAGUACAAAAAUCCACCAUUAGGUACAUCAAAUUUUCGGGAAAACAUCAAAACUUUACAGAUUGAUGUAUAGUUUGUUUUUUUUUUUUUUUAAAUUAUUCUUUAUAGUCUAUGAACAUCUUGUCAUUCCGGAAGAAACGGAAUCUUUUACAGCAUAUGAAAUUUGACUUAAAGUUUAAAGGUGAACAUGCAAUGCUGAUACAGAGCAUGGCACAAAAUCUGAUUUUCUCGCUGAUUGCCUGGCGAUAGAACUCAAACCAACAUACCAUAUUGAAACUGAGAAAAUGAGGAUCAUAAAGAAAAAUAAUCCAACUUUUUUGGCUUUCAUCACUAGAUAAAAUAGGGCAAUUUCAGUCCAAUCCAUGAGCGCACCAGGAGAUGGAUACGGUAGGUAUAGAUGGUCUCGGUAAAUUUAAGUUUUAUUGCAGCAUCCUCGGUGGAUUUCCAAAAUCUUGGGAUUGUUUAAAAGCUGAGAGUAUGCUUCACACCGUGCUUUUUUACUGAGUUCUUAUAUCUCUUUGGUUCAGUAGGUAUAGAAUGGGGAGACCUUUAAGAUGACCCUCACAUAAUCGAAAACAGGCUCCAGUUUGAAUAUCUUCUUUUUGUUUCAGGCUGAUCAUUGAAAAUUCGUCUUUUCUACAAGAAUCCGAUGUAACAAAGCUGAAAUUAAGAGGCGUAUUUUAUGUUUCAGCACUCUGAUUCUCUUUAGUGUCCCCUCAUUGAACUGGAUUCACAAUAGCCUUGCUAGCACGAUAUCUCAAAUUGAUGCAUAGAAUACAACGUAAGUUGCAAAUUUAAGCGAUAUGAUGUGUGUUCUCUCUUCAAAAUUUCAUGUAGAACACAAUUUUUUCAACGAACAUUAUUGAAAGUAACUUUUGACUAAGAUAUUAAUGGUUUUCGAUGCAUAAACUCCAACUUUUAUAUGUAAGUAACUUUACGUUCUUUCAUGACUAAUUAGAAAAACCAUAACCCCUAAGAGUUAAAUCAUGCACUAAAUAUCACUGUGUCAGUCUCAGUGGUAUGACAAUAUGAAAACCUUAGUCUCAGCGUUUCGACUCAGUUGUUAAAUGUUGUUUACAUUUUAAACAACACAGGGCGAGGAAGGAAUGCUUCUCCAUUAAGAAGCCUGCCAUAACUGUUGUAGUGUGCAAUUCGAUUCACGUGGACUCAGGUCUUGUGAGUGGAAAAUUCAUAAGCCUCGUAACCAGAGCUAAGUAAAAGAGUUAAUAUCUUAGUUAGGAGUUUAGGGUUGCCAGUGGUAUGUCAUGGAAUUUACGGCAACCUGGAACAGUCAAGGAAUUUCAUCAGGCACGUCAUCAGCAGAAGUCAGCGUAAUUUAAAGGAAAAAAGUUAGAUGAAAGUUUUGCCCGAAGGUCAGGGAUUGCGAAAAUUUUGGAGUUAGGGAAAAGCAGAAAAUGUCAGGGAAUGUCAAGAAAUCUGGAAAUGAAGAAAUUAUGGAAGCCCUGAAGUUAAUCUUUUUGUAAUUUUCGCUGCACCAAUCAAUUUCUACGUUAAAUUUUAAAGAGGAAUCAUUUAUCAGAAUGCUUAAAUUGGUACCUUGUCUAGUGUUCAUUCACGAAACCAUGCUCUCUCAUCCCUUAAUAAAGACACAAUUUCAAUGAUCAGCUUGCACGUCUCUUGUAGGAUCUUCUCAUCAGAAUAAUCCUUUUUUUAAAUCAUCAAAAUGAUUUUCCAUUUCUACGUAAUUAUUUCCUAUGUAAUAUGAUUUUACUUGAAUUAGAUUUUUUGUAAGGAGCCUUUUUUAUACCUACUAUUUUGUAAAGAAAAACAAAGACUACUUGAUUAAAGGAGAAUUUCUCCGCAACUCAUUACCUCAGAUAUAAUUGCAAAUUUUUAAAACGGCACAAUAAAUCAGUUGAUAGAAAUGUCUGGAAAUGGCAUUCAAUUCGGGGCAGUGACCAGACAAAUGUCAUUUCUUCCACUCAAAGUGCACACAUCUUACUCAUGACUUCAUUCAAAUAUGUUUAAUUGGUGUGCGGUUUAAGCUAUGUACAAAAAAAAACGAACAAACUGUACAUGAAAGUAACGUUAAGUUUUGCUUUGUGAUAUUAGCUGAUUUGUUGUUGAUUUUAUGUGUAUACAGAAUAAACCUUUGUUUUACAGUAA